AACGUUGCGUGUGCACCAUUGUUCCAGAACAUAUAAAUACACGAUACUUUUGAUGGACUUGUCAUCGUUCUUCUCGAGAGACCUCAUCAAGAUGAAGCUCUACAUCAUCCUGGCUCUCAUCGGCACCGCAUUUGCGGCAAGAAACUUCGACAAGGAGUGUCGCCAGGCUCCGAACAGCGGAUUCUGCAGAGCUAUGCAGCCGAUGUGGUGGUUCAACGUCAAGAGCGGAAGGUGCGAGCAGUUUUUCUACGGUGGCUGUGGCGGUAACGAGAACAAGUACGAGACCAAAGAACAGUGCGAAGAAAACUGUUUGGCUGAAAAGCCGCUCCUGAGACCAUACCCACGUGUUGAGCCGUUGCUGGGAAUGACGGAAGAUUUUGCUUCUGCGUCCGUCGCAUCAGUUUGCCACAAGCCACCGCACACGGGACCUUGCAAAGCUUCCAUGCCGCGUUUCUACUACGACGCCAACACCAAAUCCUGCCGCCCGUUUGUGUACAGUGGCUGCCAGAGCAACGGCAACAACUUUGAGUCUCACCGCGACUGCAUGUUUUUCUGCGCAUCCCCAAUGCCCGUACGGCCCCAGCCCCGCACGCCAUAAACAAUGCGCUCUCUCUGUUUUAAUGCCGACAGAGGCUGCGCACUUGGAAGACUAUGCCGGCUAAGAAGCGUUGCCCGAGCAACCGAAAAGCAUAAGACGACGAAUAAUGAAAGGUGAUGCUGAUAAAGAUCAUAAUUAUGGAACUCUGCAAAAUAAUAAUAAUAAAAAAUGCAACUGCUGCUAAUCAAGUUCUUAUUAACUUACACGCAGAUGAGUCACGUCUUUUACAAUGCUCUUUGAAAAAUAAAUCACUUUUUAUAAAUUUGGCCCACACAUUUUUU